AUGAUCCAAGACAAAGAGACCUUCCUCAGAGACGAGCGAAUACUAUACCCGACAGAUGGCGGCAAGGGCAAACCGCACAAACUUGGCGCUGGGCACAAGGAGUGGACCUUCGAGUUCACGAUACCCGGACAAGCCCCGGAAAGCGUGGAAGGCCUCGCCAACAGCUACAUCAUCUACAACAUGACUGCCUCGGUAUCCACAGCCGGCUUCAUGACAAAGGAUCUUGUGGCGAAAAGCCACUUACGGGUGGUGCGUACGCUGUCGCUGGACGCGUUGGAUGCGGGGCCAAUGGAGCAGGUUAACGAGGACGUGUGGACGAACAAGAUUAGCUACAAGGUCUCUAUUCCGCGGGUCAACUACAUGUUCGGGACUUCCGUCACAGCAUCCUUCACGCUAACGCCCAUACGGAAAGGAUUGGAGAUUGGGACUGUCAAAAUGGCAGUUUGGGAGUAUUGCAAGGUCGGCAUACAGAAGGGCGAGAUUGCACAGAGCUAUGAGUGGGACAAAAAGAUCACCCAGCUUGAGCAGGAGAUGCCAGAAAACGCCAGACAGGAACAUUCAGAACUGGACCUGAACAACCCGCUGGAUGAAUCGUACCACUUUCAGGUGACCCUGCCGCUCCCCAAAUCAUUAAACCGCUGCAGACAAAGUGCGGAUACCAGUCAAAUCCAAAUCAGUCACAAGCUGAUAACGCACAUAAAUCUGAAGAAUCCCGAAGGCCACACUAGCCAGCUUGUUGUAAAGACCCCGCUCAACCUCUUCAUCUCGCCUAACUACCACAUCGGCGAGGACCAAUGCAUCCAAAUCGACGCAAGUCAGCAGACAGAAGAAGCCAUGAACAACGCCUCCAAUCAAGUCGCGCCUCCCGGCUACGGCCAGCACCACUUCGAUCAGCUGUGGGACAACAUAGACCCUAGCGGCUACAUAACCCCCAGCGCCCGCAGUGGCAUCAACACGCCGUUCUACAGCCAGAGCCGCAACGGAUCAGCAGAAACCCUUCCCCUGCCAGUCCUGGACGCGCUAGUACAGAGCCCAACAUCAGCGCCCCACGGCGGCCCCGCAGCCAGCGCACUCCACUCCCGCCUCGCUACGCUGCAAGAUCGCGGCUCGAGCCACUCCGCCCGUACGCAGGGUCAAGGCCAACAUCAGCCGACCCACUCACCCUCGGAGGGCGGCACGCCGUUUGAGCAGCCCGCCGACGCCAACUGGAGCCACUUCACGCCGCCCUCCUUCUCCGGCUCCAGCAGCCGCCAGUCGCGCAGCGGCGGCCCCUCGCGGCGGACCUCGGACGAGCAGCCGCCGCCAACCGCGCCGCAGAGACUGCUGGGCUACGACAUGGAGGCGCUCGCGAGAAUACCGAGCUACAACACCGCGCUGCGCACGCCCGUGCCGUCGUCUCCCAAGAUCGAAGGCCUGCCCACCUACGAGGCAGCGACGAGCAGACCGCCGAGCCCGAACCAGACGGGCUCGGGCUCGCGCUCGCUGCCGGUGCGGACGAGAAGUGGACACAGCGGCGAUUUCAACAUGCUGGAUUUGGAGACUGAGAGUCGCACUGCGUUGAGGGAUGCCACGGCGAGGAACACGGCAACGAAUGCGGCGACGUCGACGCUGCAGUUUCCGCCGUCGGCGCACCCACGGCGGUAA